AUCAAAAAGCGCUGUUUACAUCAAGCGAGCACUGAGUGUUAUACGUUUGUGGCAUCGUUCACAGUUAGAAGGUUAAGCUUCUAAAUUCUAAUAGUGAUUUAGUGAUUUUAAAAAAUUUAUAUUUUAUUCAUCUGUUACUUGUAGAAUAGUAUACUAUAAUUAAAAACAAUUAUGUAUUAUUAUAGUCUCUUUACAAAAUAGAAACGUGAUACUUCAAUUAUAUAUGAUCUUGCACGUAUAUAUGUAUAUAAAUAUAUGCAGCAUAAACAAUAAGCUAAAAGAUGCCAGAAAUUAAAGUAACGCCAUUAGGGGCAGGUCAAGAUGUUGGCAGGAGUUGUAUUCUUGUGUCAAUGGGAGGAAAAAAUAUUAUGUUAGAUUGUGGCAUGCAUAUGGGAUUCAAUGAUGAAAGAAGAUUCCCUGAUUUCUCAUAUAUUGUACCAGAAGGUCCUGCAACCGGUUACAUAGAUUGUGUUAUUAUUUCACAUUUUCAUUUAGAUCACUGUGGAGCACUUCCAUAUUUUACAGAAAUGGUAGGUUAUACAGGACCAAUAUAUAUGACCCACCCUACAAAAGCUAUUGCUCCUAUACUUUUAGAAGACAUGAGAAAAGUAGCUGUAGAACGUAAAGGAGAAAGUAAUUUUUUCACAUCCCAAAUGAUAAAAGAUUGCAUGAAAAAAGUUAUUGCCGUUACUCUUCAUCAAUCUGUUAUGGUGGAUUCAGAAUUAGAAAUAAAAGCAUAUUAUGCAGGACAUGUUCUUGGUGCUGCUAUGUUCUGGGUACGUGUAGGAUCUCAAUCUAUUGUAUAUACAGGAGAUUACAACAUGACACCAGAUCGUCAUUUGGGUGCAGCAUGGAUAGAUAAAUGCAGACCUGAUUUAUUAAUAUCAGAAUCUACAUAUGCUACAACAAUUAGAGAUUCCAAAAGAUGUAGAGAAAGGGAUUUUUUAAAGAAGGUUCAUGAAUGCAUAGAUAGAGGUGGAAAAGUUCUAAUUCCUGUCUUUGCUUUGGGUAGAGCUCAAGAACUUUGCAUAUUACUUGAAACAUAUUGGGAAAGAAUGAAUCUAAAGGUUCCAGUUUAUUUUGCUUUGGGUUUAACUGAAAAGGCAAACAAUUAUUAUAAAAUGUUUAUUACUUGGACUAAUCAAAAGAUAAAAAAGACUUUUGUACAACGGAAUAUGUUUGAUUUUAAACAUAUAAAGCCAUUUGACAAAGCAUACAUUGAUAAUCCAGGAGCAAUGGUUGUAUUUGCAACACCAGGAAUGUUACAUGCUGGUUUAUCUUUACAAAUUUUCAAAAAAUGGGCACCAAACGAAGCUAAUAUGGUUAUCAUGCCUGGAUUUUGCGUACAAGGUACAAUUGGACAUAAAGUCUUAAAUGGAGCACGUAGAAUAGAAUUUGAAAAUCGUCAAAUCGUCGAGGUGAAAAUGGCUGUGGAGUAUAUGUCUUUUUCCGCACAUGCUGAUGCAAAAGGAAUCAUGCAGUUAAUACAAUACUGCGAACCUAAAAAUGUUAUGUUAGUGCAUGGAGAAUUUGCUAAGAUGGAAUUUUUAAAAGAGAAAAUUAAGCAAGAAUUUGGUACAAAUUGCUAUAAUCCUGCUAAUGGAGAAACACAUGUUAUUACAACUACUUCGAAAGUUCCAGUAGAUGCUUCGCUUGCUUUACUAAAAGCAGAAGCAAAAAGAUAUUCAGCUUUGCCACCAGAUCCUAAAAGACGGAGAUUAUUACAUAGUGUCUUAAUGUUAAGAGAGGAUGGAGUUUGCCUUGUGGAUGCAGAUGAAGUGGCUAAAGCAGCAGGUAUAACUAAACAUGUUGUACGAUUUACUUCUACCGUUCAAGUUCGAGAUCCUGGACCUGCACAUUCCACUACUUUGAAAUUGUUACAACCUCUUAAAGAAAGAUUAUCAGGUUGGACAGUACAAUUAACAGAUGGAUCAAUAUCUGUAGAAUCGGUCUUAGUUAAAGUAGAAGGCGAUGAAGAUGAGCAAAAAAGUGUUUAUGUUUCCUGGACUAAUCAGGAUGAAGAUUUAGGAAGUUAUAUAUUAGGAUUUUUGCAAACUAUGUUAAAUUGAUAAUAAAUAAUAUCAUGAGAAAGAUAGGACUAUAGAAAUAUUGUACAUAUAUCUGUGAUAUUUAUUUGAUGACUAAUGUCAUAUUUUUAACAAAGUAAAUAUUUGAGCUUUA